AUGAAUUUAAUAAAAUAUUCCAAAAAUAAACAUAACGGACUUACAGGUUCACCACUUUGUCCUGGUAAGCCAAUUGUUCCUGCAGGGCCUGGCAAUCCAAUUGGGCCUUGUUCUCCCCUUUCGCCUCUCUCUCCAGGAAAACCAGAUGGUCCAUCUUUUCCAUCCUUACCAGAUUUUUCUUACCGGUUCACCUAUUUGUCCUGGAGCUCCGGGCAUGCCAGUGUCACCUUUAGGUCCGAAAGGUCCAUCACUUCCACGUCUUCCUCUCGAACCUCUGAAUCCCUUUAUCAUAAAUGUGAAAUUUAUUGUUUGAAUUUAAUUAAAAGUAAAAAUAGUUUUUAUUACUCUUGGCCCAGUUUCACCUCGUUCUCCGGGCUGACCACUCCUUGUGGGCCAGGCUCUCCUUUAGGCCCUGCUGAUCCUGGGUUUCCUGCUCUACCAUCAGAACCUGGAGCUCCAGGACUUCCUGGAUAUCCAGGCUUCCCUUGUGGUCCAGGUAUUCCCGGGGAACCUUAA